AUGGCAACUACCACAAGUAAUCAAGACAUGCAACCCGAGGCGCAUACAGGAGAGAAGGCUCCAAGUACGAGCGGUCCGAGGAGACAGAAGACUAAGGUUUACGGCAAGCGAUCUAAAGGAUCAGAGAAUACAGCCGCACCUCCGCUUCCACCACGUGAUCCGAAUAGUACAGGACCAAGACCAACUAGGUUGUCGACUGUUGCGACUAAGCCCAAGAAUGAACCGAUGUUUAGUGACAUUGACAUGAUGGGUUUCCCCGGAGUAGCCCCAUAUCGUAGGACCAAUGAGUUCGCGAUUACCGCUGAGGGUUUUAUCCCUCUUUGCGAAAAAGAGUAUGAUGUAAUUGCGUCAAAUCAGCCUUAUUUCGCAAAAAGUGUAGCAAAGUCAGCAUGGGUAUACUAUUGCACGAUGAGUUUAUAUGCUCGUCUGAUUACAUUGAAACAGGAGGAUGGAUCGUCAGAGUAUGAUGAAGACUCCUUCGCCGGGCAGGUUCUAUCAGGGAACCAUAGUCUACCAACACCGAUUGAAUCAUAUAUCAAGGCACUUGGCAACAUUGUUGAUAGUUCAUCUAUCAGAUACAAGUUAGCGAUGCCCACAUGGCCAGAUGAAGAUGGUACUUUUGGUAAGAUGGGACCACACACGCAUUGGAAGUAUAUGUCCAUGCCAUGUCCCGUUGUAUGUAGACAGCGUAUUCAAGAAGAUUUACGCGUGACGGCGACACCAGGGAUAAAAGAAUGGAAUCUCCCAGCUGCCCUAAGGCCAGAUGAGCCAGGAGCAGGUCAUCCGACCCGAAAUUGUUUGGGCUGGGCGAGAGCCGCUACCUUAACCAGCGACCAAGUAGCGUUUUUAGAAAGUGCAAAUAUUAUGGAGGACGCAUUCCCGGUUAAGUUUCAAAAAUUCCAGUAUAACGUUGACUUAUUUGAGAAAGUCUCGUUAGCACUUAGUAGGACUGAGGAGAAGAUUAAACUCGCUCCCCAAGUGAAGAAGAGUGCUGAAGGAGCUUUAGCAUUAGUCUGUUAUACAGUGGUUGAAAAUACCGAGCAAGACACAUCCGCUAACGUAUUCUAUACCGAGAGUAGAAACAAUCAGAUUGUUACAUCAUCUGAAAUAGACGCCAGACAAGUAUUGGCAUCUUUAAUUCUAUCUUUUCGUGUUCAGAAAGAUACGAUUGGAGGGAUCCGGCCUUACGCAGCAUACUCAUUUGGAGGUUAUGCUAACGUCCCAGAUACUUGGCACAAAACUCGCAACCAUAUAUUUACAUAUGGACGAGCAGAUAGAUGGAACGUUAAGGAGUAUACGGCACCGUUUACUGACAAAUCAGAAUAUCGGUUAGCCUGGAUUAAAAGACAUGUCAAA